AAUCACAGCCCGGGUCUGGCAAAGGGGUGACGUCAGCGCUUCUCUGGUUACCCUGGCAACUGCACCGCCCCCUCCGCUUCCGGGAGCGCAGCGCAGCGGUGAUUGACAGCUGCUUUCUCCAAUCACCGGCAGCUCAGGGAAGCGCGGGAAGGAGUGUCCCGCCCCUGAUGAGGGAGCCCGCGGCGAUUGGCGGGACUGGGGCGGAUUUGGGCCAAUCAGCGCGGAGGGGCGGGGCCGUGGAGAGUGAUUGACAGGGGAGCAGCCAAUCAGCGGCGGGAGCUCUUCCGGCUCCACGUCGACAGCGGCGGAGGCAAAAUGGAGGCGCUGGUGCUGGAGCCGUCCCUGUACACGGUCAAGGCCAUCAUCAUCCUGGACAACGACGGCGAGCGGCUCUUCGCCAAGUACUACGAUGACACGUACCCCAGUGUGAAGGAGCAGCGCGCCUUCGAGAAGAACAUCUUCAGCAAAACCCACCGCAGUGACAGUGAGAUCGCGCUGCUGGAGGGACUGACCGUGGUGUACAAGGGCAGCAUCGACCUGUACUGCUACGUCAUCGGCAGCGCCCACCAGAACGAGCUGAUGCUCACGGCCGUGCUCAACUGCCUGUUCGACUCCCUGAGCCAAAUGCUGAGGAAGAGCGUGGAGCGCCGGGCGCUGCUGGACAACAUGGAGGGGCUGUUCCUGGCCGUGGACGAGAUCGUGGACGGAGGGUGGGGCCGUGUCACCUGUCCUGGGGCUGAUUGUCACCUGUCCUGGGGCUGAUUGUCACCUGUCCUGGGGGAUGUCACCUGUCCUGGGGCCGGUGUCACCUGUCCUGGGGCUGAUUGUCACCUGUCCUGGGGCUGUCACUUACCCUGGGGAUGUCACCUGUCCUGGGG